GGCUACAUAAGUAAUUAAAAGGGUGUAGACACGUUCUAUUGCAGGGUAAAUAUAUAACUUAAUUCUGCAUUUCGUGUGAUCUGUAGGCCCGGUAAACAACGUUUCUAUGUUGAUUAUUAUGAAACUAAUCAUAUAUGGCUAUCAAUAUUUUCCAAAGUGUAAGAUUAAAUAUAAAUAAAUAAAUGAAUAUUUGCAGACAAUCAUACACAAAUUGACCUAGCCCCUAAAGCUUGUACUAUGGGUACUAGGCGACGAUAUUCAUACUCAAAUAGAUAAAUAUUCACUUAUAUACAUAGAAAACACCCAUGACUCAGGAACAAAUAUCCUUGCUCAUCAGCUCAUCACACAAAUGCCCUUACUGGGAUUUAAACCUGGGGCCAUUAACUUCAUAGGUAGGGUCUACCCACUAGGCCAGACUGGAUGUCAAAAGAUUGUGUGUGAUUGAAAAAAUGUAGCAUUUUAAUAGGCACUAGUGAAUAUCACAUGAAACUCUGCAUAGGGUGCGCCACUACCACAGUCCAUCACAAUCUGAGGGUCUACUGCGAAACAAAUGUGAAAUACCACACGGACGCUUCAAAGAACAAUAAGAAAUGCAUAGAGAACCUGGUGGACAUCAAGUCCCUGCAGAAAGAUGAGGGCAUCACCUGCAUGGAGUGGGGGAAUGCGGAGCAGACGGAAAUACUGCUGGGGAAGAAGAAUCAACAGAUCCAAGUUUAUAGUUCAGACGGAACUCUCCACCGCACCUACACAGCCGACCAUGGGGCUGGUCACGUUGUUGGCGUCGGGCGGUGCCGACGACUGGUCAGCGCGCUCAGUACCGGUGUUGUCAAGAUAUGGAAGAAGAAGGAGGAGGUGCUGGUCAACACGGGGGGCAAGUUGGACAGGAUGAGGGUGUGCGCCGAAGAACAGCUAUUUGCCACGGGAGGGGAAGAAAACGACCUGAAAAUCUACCGUAUUGGCGAGCCCGAGCCCAUUUUCAGCGCGAAAAACCUAGCCCAUGACUGGCUCCAACUGCGCCGAGAUAUCUGGGUGUCUGAUUUGUGCUGGUGCGGUCAGGGCGGUCAGCUAACUGCAGUGUGCUCCCGCCAUGGCUAUAUUAGGUUGUACGACAUACGCGCGCAACGCCGGCCGGUCUGCAACAUCGAGCUGGAAAAGAUGGCCGCCACCUGCAUAGCACCUGGACGAGACGAGAGGCAAGUAAUGGUAGGCUUCGGUCGCGGGCAGCUCCACGCCGUCGACUUCCGCGCCUCCCGCCUGGACAAGGGCUUCAAGGGCGCCGCCGGGGCCGUCACCGCGGUCGCCGUGUCGCAGGCCGCCGUGUACAGCGCUAGCCUUGAUCGCCAUUUGCGAGUGCAUUGUUAUAAUACUAAGCAACUCUUGUAUAAGCAAUACCUGACCUCGAAACUGACCGGUCUCCUCAUACAGACAGAGGGCAGCACUCCUCUCCGCUCAGCAUCAGAAGUAAAGGAAGAACCUGAGGAUCGAGACGAGAUGGAUCAGCUCUUCGAACACAUGGAUACUAUUGAAGAAAAACCCAAAAAGAAAAAGGUACUACUAGUACCCACGCCAUCCAAAAAAUCAAAACCGUCGCUAGAGGGUAGCACCGUAGACCUCAACGAUAACAACCAAGAAGAUGACGACCAAGAAGUAGAGGAACAAGAAGAUGCCAUCAAGAAGUUGCUAAGAAGCACCGAGAAGCAGAAGAGAAGGAUGGAGAAGAAAAAGAAGGAAAAGAAAGCUAAAAGCGUGUUCCAUAAUGCUUAGAAUAAAUUGCUAAAUAAUA